AGGAACGGCGCGCCUGGGCGCAUCGGCGAGGAAGAGGAACGCGCUGCUGCUGCUGCUGUUGGCGGCGCCCUGGCCAUGGGGCGCUUCUUCGCCCCCGCAGGAUGAGGUGGUGGUUGGGACUGCGGCUCCUGCGGCGCCGGGAGCUUCCCGCUGGCUCCCGAUGAGCGACUGGAAGGCGGGGAAACGGCAUCGGAGGAUGGCGGCGGGUCUCCUGGCUUGCAAAGGCCCCCGCACCCGGCUGCCGGUGGGCGCCAGCGCCCUGGGCUUCUUUGUCCUCUGCUGGCUAUACAUCUUCCCAGUCUACCGGCUGCCGGACGAGAAGGAGGUCGUGCAGGGAGUCCUGCUGCAGCAAGGCAGAGCCUGGAGGAGGAACCGCAGCGCCGUCGCCGGAUUCAGGAAACUACUGAAAGACUGCUGUGACCCUGGGCGCUUCUUUGCCAUGACUAAAGAGAACUCUCCGGUGGGGAAGAACCUCUGGUACGACGGGGAAUUUCUGUACUCCUUCACCAUCGACAACGAAACCUUCUCCCUUUUUCCAAAGGCAACGCCAUUCCAGCUGCCAUUGAAGAAGUGCUCUGUGGUAGGAAAUGGUGGGAUUCUGAAGAACAGCGGCUGCGGCAGACAGAUAGACCAAGCGGACUUUGUCAUGCGAUGCAAUCUUCCACCUCUCACCAGUGAAUACAGCAAGGACGUUGGGUCCAAAACUCAGCUGGUAACUGCAAAUCCCAGCAUAAUUAAGAAAAGGUUCCAGAACCUUCUUUGGUCCCGAAAAGCCUUUGUGGACAGUGUUAAAGUCUACAACCAGAGCUACAUCUAUAUGCCAGCCUUCUCCAUGAAAGCGGGGACAGAGCCCUCUCUCAGGGUCUACUACACCCUAGCAGAUGUUGGCGCCAGGCAAAAGGUGAUUUUCGCCAACCCAAACUUCUUGCGCAACAUCGGAAAGUUCUGGAAGAACAAAGGAAUCCAUGGAAAGCGGCUUUCGACUGGCCUCUUCCUGGUCAGUGCAGCCCUGGGUUUGUGUGAAGAAGUAACGAUUUAUGGGUUCUGGCCCUUUUCGAUGGACCUGCAUGGGAAGUUUAUCAGUCACCACUACUACGAUAACAUCUUGCCGGAUUCGUGGUUUCACGCUAUGCCGGAGGAAUUCCUACAGCUGUGGUUUCUCCACAAGAGUGGCGUGUUGCGAAUGCAGCUGGAACAUUGUGAAGCCUGAGAACCUGGGAGAAGGUCUGAGGGAGUUUGUGUGUCUCGCCAAAUGAACAAACUGGGGAAAUGUUGCGGGGAGGGGACACGACUCGAAACCCAACCUUAAAAUGGGAUUUGCAUGGAAUGCUACAAUAACAGUUGCUCCAUUGAAGAUGGACAGAGGAAUCGAAGUCCUCACAUGCAGUGUUUCACGAGGUGAUUGGUUGUUAACUCAGCAAAAUGGCGGGAUUUGACUGGGUGUUGCCAAUGUUGCGAUUCGAGAGCAUCAAGCGGUUUGAAGAGGGGUAGGGGGUUACAAAGGGCUUUUGCUGAGUAUUUCAUAUUGCUCAGAUUUAAGACUGAAAACCCAUUCAACUGGGGAUAUGGUUUCUUUUUGGUUUCCUUUUUGGUUUUGUUUCCAAAGCUGGAUUUUGAAAGGUGCCUGGAGUCACUCAUUCCUGUUUCUUUCAGGGAGUAUUGAACAAGUCAUAGGACAGUGCCAAUUUUUCUCUCCUUUUCUGUUUUUGUUUUUAAAGAAAAUGACAGGUUACUCCUUUCAAUAGCAGUAUUAUCCAGUCCUUGUAGCAUAAACUGGGAAACGUUUUUUU